GACAGCGCAGUGCCAUGGCGCUCACACCAUGGCCACAGGUUUGCCUUUGGCUCCUGGUGUUGCUGGGAUCCUCGGCAUCGAACAGCCCCGACGCGGAGCCCGAAGCCUUCGUCAAUGUAAGCCAGAACGAACGCCACCUCGCUAAACGAGAAGUCCAGCAGCAGCAACAGUACUACAACGCCUCCCAGAUCGUCAACCAGUUUGUGGGGACGUCGGUGACGAACGGCCCUCCUGGGGAUAAGCCGCAGGUUACUGAGGUGUCGCCAGAUCCUUGGCUGUUCCUGGGUGCUUUGGAUCUGAACUCUUCCUUCCCUCGAGACCCAAAGGCGGCCCUCGCAGAUCCUCAGGGCUACGAUGCCCUCGUGGACACGCUCCUCGCUCAAGCCUUCACCGCGGACAAGAUCCUACAGAACCUCCUGACUUCCCUGGUUGGAGGAAACAUCACGAAAGAUAAAGAAUACAUUCCGUAUUUUCUUGACAAGUCUGCGCAGCUUUCCACACCAAAUGGCAACUCGACCCCAGAAGAUACCGUACAAAGCGUCGGGAUCUUGGUCGUAGGUCAGCCCUGCGUCACUCUGAGCAAAUAUGGCCACCUACCCGCCGUUAUGUUAGCUCUGCCUGAUCUCCCCUCUCCAGUGAUUCAGAUUGACCAGAAGCUGCAAGCAUUAUGCUCAUGCGCAGACGGUCCAUGUGAAUGUGAUGAGUCCAUGAAGGAAAACAAGCAGGAAGCCACCGUGGGUGAAUUGGGCGAAUUAUCGGAGGCCCUGAACCCAGAAGACUUCAACGUGACGUCGAACUCUUAUCUCUCUCUGCUGCUCGCCAGCAGGAUCGACAAACGUUCGGCUGUCGUGCAACUGGAGCAAGAGCUGUAUUUGACACAGACAGAGAAUGUUACAUGCACAACAACAGAGGAACCAACAACUACAACUAUCAUGUCAACUACUUCAACUGCGUUAUCGUCUACAACACCAACAAAUACCCCAACAUCCACAACAACAACAACAACAGAAACUCCAACAACCACUGCAACAACUCCAACUGAAACCCCAACAUCCACAACAACAACUCCAACAGAAACUCCAACAACCACUGCAACAACUCCAACUGAAACCCCAACAACCACUACAACAACUCCAACAGAAACCCUACCAUCCACUACAACAACUCCAACAGAAACCACAACAACCACUACAACAACUCCAACAGAAACCCCAACAACCACUACGAUAACUCCAACAGAAACCACUACAACAACUCCAACAGAAACCCCAACAACCACUACAACAACUCCAACAGAAACCACUACAACAACUCCAACAGAAACCACAACAACCACUACGAUAACUCCAACAGAAACCCUACCAUCCACUACAGCAACUCCAACAGAAACCCCAACAACCAUUACUACAACUCCAACAGCAACCUCAACAUACACUACAACAACUCCAACAGAAACCACUACCACCACUACAACAACUCCAACAGAAACCCCAGCAUCUACAACAACCGAAUCCACAACGGAAAUUGUGGACGUCCCAGCAUUGGAGCCGAUGUUGCCACCAGAGGAGGAAACCAUUGUCCAAAUCUCUAUGUCGGGUCAAAAAGUGGAGUCCUUGCCAGACGAUCUGAAUUUCAACCAGAGUGUUGUGAUCAGCAACAACUUCACAGAAGCUGAUUUGGAGGAGGCGCUACACAGCCUGAAGACUAGCGAGAAUGGCUACAGCGUCAUCGAAGCAAUUUUCGCUCAAAACAACUCUGAUCUGGCGAACGAGUCCCUGUGGUAUUUCAUGGACGAGAUGGAUGUGGUACCCUUGGAAUCGAAGGAAUUCACUCCUGACAUCCACAUAGGGCAUGGGUUGAGUAUCACUCUCCCUACUCUCAACGAGAACGGAGAGCUGACUGCAAUCAUAUUCGCCAUGGGCUUUGUCUUGGAGGAGGCUUCGCCCAUAGUCCAGAUCCGUCAAACGAUAAUACAACAUGAAAGCGGAUGCGGUUUGGGCGAAGCAACAGAGGACGGAUUCUUGGACGACAAUCUUAUGAUCAACCAUUUCGUUCAGCACUAUGCAAAUUCUUCUGGAGCUGAUGAAAUGGAUACAUCCUCCCUUACUGAUUAUAUGAAGAUGUUGGCUGCCGUUCCUGAAUUCGUCAGAGAGACACGUAACUUCUCCAUGCUAUUAGACGCUGAUAUUCCUUGUGAGGAAAAUACGACUACGACCGUUAUUACCACUUCAACCACAACUACAACUGAGAUUCCAACAUCAUCAACUACAACCACAACGGAAACUCCAACAACCACAACAGAGACUUCAACAACUACAACAGUAAUGACCACAACGGAAACACCAACAACUUCAACAACUACAACAGCAACAACCACAAUAGAAACUACAACAGAAACUCCAACAACUACAACGGAGACUUCAACAACUACAACAGCAACAACCACAAUGGAAACUACAACGGGGACUUCAACAACUACAACAGCAACAACCACAACAGAAACUACAACAGCAACAACCACAAUGGAAACUCCAACAACUUCAACAACUACAACAGCAACGACAACAACGGAAACUCCAUCAACUACAACAAGAACUUCAACAACGACAACAGCAACGACCACAACAGAAGCUCCAACAACUACAACAGGGACUUCAACAACUACAACAGCAAUGACCACAACAGAAGCUCCAACUACUACAAUGGAGACUUCAACAACCACAACGGAAACUUCAACAACUACAAGCAAGUCUCCAACGACUACAACGGCAACGACCACAACAUUGUCUCCAACAUCGUCAACCUCAACUUCGACACAAUCAACAACAUCGCCACAAACUUCAACAACAACAACUGGAACGACUUCUGAACCUGAAGAUCAGCCACUACUCCAGCCUUUGCCACCAAAACAAGAAGACGUCAUUGUUCAAAUUAACAUGGGAUCCAAUGUGGUUGAAUCUCCGCCAGACGAUCUGAACUUCAGCCAGACUGUUGUCAUCAAUAACACUUUCACCAACGAAGAUCUCAAUCAAACGCUUCAGAGUUUACAGACUGCGGAAAAGGCAUUCUCCAUCUUGGAAACUCUCUUCUUCCAGAACAAUUCGGAUAUGGGAGAAAAUCCUUCAUGGUUCUUCAUGGAAGGAAAGGAUCUAGUUGUCAUGGAAGACAAGGAUUAUAGAGCAGAUGUCCAUAUUGGCCACGGAUUAAGCAUUCUUCUUCCGACGCUGGAUGAGAAUGGAGUGUUGAAUGUAAUUGUGCUCAUCAUUGGCUCUGUCUUGGUAGAGGCAAAACCUAUUGUUCAGAUUCGUCAGACAGUACUGCAACAUGAAGAUUGUGCUUGUGGAUUGACCAGUAAUGAAACUAUUGGAAAUGACUUUUUGGAUGACAACCUUCUGAUCAGCCAUUUCGUUCAGCAAUACGAAAAUAGCCCUGGCACAGAAAAUAUGAACACCACUUUGCUGACAGAGUACAUGAAGAUGUUGGCUGCAGUUCCAGAAUAUACCAGAGAAACCAAGAAUUUCUCCAUGUUGGAAGAUGUUGAUAUUCCAUGUAAAAGUUUACCAGUUAUUCAUGCAGAUUAUCAGCUAUGCAUGUAA